AUGCGUAGACGUACCUGGUGGAGCGUGCAUAAUCACACUCGACUAACCGUUGACAAUCUGCUCUCUGUGAUACGCAUGCAGGAGGAUCGCGAGGACAGAAAUCUGUUCGAUAUUUCGAUGAUUGCACUGAGCGACUUCCAACUCCACCUUUUCCCCCCUCAGCUACGGGCAGUUGUGGACGAUUGUGAGGUACUUCGCAACGUUGAAUAUCAAAAGACACAAGCCAUAAUUUUUAUCGAAAAGACUAAACUUUGUCAAUUAUCUCGAUUCUCAAGCAUUUUGAACCGAGUGCAAAGUUUGGUAUGUGGAGAAAACAUAGGAAAUGGCGAAGCCCAUUCAAAGCCAAGAUCAACACAAGACGAGAUAGAGAAGCAUCGGCUAUGGCAACUUCAGCUCCCUGUCCCGGCUAGUCACCAGUUCCCCAUAGACAUGGUUCCGACAGAGUGCGAAAGGAGCAUUUAUUUGCACCAAUCCUGGCUUCGACUCAUUUAUCUGGGUUCAUUGUACACCGCAUGCUGCAACAACCCAGAAGCGUCGAGCGGGAAUUUGUAUAUCUCUGGUCACAAUUCCCGGGCUGUGCUAGUCGACAAGUGUUUCCUUGAUAUUGCAGAUGUCUUUGAUGAAAUCGACUGUCUAGAACUAUCCGAGCAGCUACCAUGCCCAACGUCGGCGUUGUUGAUACUUCUCUUAGCCUACCACAAGCAGCUUUCCCACGCUAAUACCGAAAGAAACACACGCCAAAACUCUCGUUCGCUACACAAAUGCUGGAAAAUUCUGCAAAAGCUGAAAGAAACAUCGGAUAUGGCUGCUCGUGUCACCGCUGCCGUCGAAGACGCGACCUGUGACGAGAUUUGUGACGAGCUUUGGGCAUCAAUUUUGAGUAUCACUUGCAAAUGA